UUCACUGGAAUCCUCCAACUUCCCUUCCGUUGCAUCACCAUGCUAAAAACAAGAACAGCAUAGCCAAAACGCUCUUCUGUUAGGCACAGAAAGCCAUAGCCAGGAGCAAGAGCAGCACUGAUGGGCUCCAUUGGUAACGGCCGGAGCGGCUCAGAGGUUGGCAUCCAGAUGCCAGCGACGGAGAGCAAGGAAGUGCUGGAGCGACCUACCUCACCAAGAUGGCCACGGCUAGGCAUCGUCAUGGUGGCGACUAGAGCCGUUGCCCUGGUGAUGGCGCUGCUCUCAAUGGCUCUGAUGAUCUCCGCCAAGGAGCGGGGCAGUCUCAAGAUCUUCGGCCUCGAGAUCCCGCUUUAUGCCAACUGGUCUUUCUCUGAUUCCCUGGAAUACUUGGUUGGGAUGUCCGCGGCUUCAGCUGCCUACUGUCUUGCUCAGCUUGUAUUGAUUGCACACAAGGCCAUGAGGAAUGCUCCCGUGGUUCAAUCCAGGAACUAUGCCUGGCUGCUGUUUACUGGUGAUCAGGUGUUUGCAUAUGCAAUGAUGAGCGCAGGAUCGGCGGCGGCGGCGGUCGCAAAUCUGAACCGCACCGGCAUCCGGCACACGGCUCUCCCCAACUUCUGCAAGCCAUUGCCACGUUUCUGCGACUUGUCGGCUGCCUCCAUCGCGUGUGCCUUUCUCAGCUGCAUCUUCCUGGCGGCAUCUGCUGUGAUCGACGUCAUCUGGUUGUCAAAUAUGUGAUCUCUGAGAUCAGGUUGUUAAAUAUGUGAGAGUUUGAGAAGGUUGUAAUUCCUUAGAAAGUACUAUCAGGGUGCUGUACCUGUAC